AUGGGUGCCCUGUGGGGUCACAGUUACAUCGCAAAUCAGCAGAAAUUAGAAAGUAUCAAUGACAAUGAAGUUGGAUUUUAUGUUGGACUUAAAAACCUGACUGUGGUGGAUUCAGGCUUAAGGUUUGUGUCCCAUCAGGCAUUUGUGAAAAACAUCAACCUACAAUACAUCAAUUUAUCCAGAAACAAGCUCUCAACUUUGUCCAAGAAGCCUUUUCGCCAUCUGGGUUUGUCUGAUCUGAUAUUGCUGGACAAUCCAUUCAAGUGUUCCUGUGAAAUUAUGUGGAUCAAGAAAUUUCAAGAGACCAAGUUCAACAGAGAAACUCGGGAUUUAUAUUGCAUAGAUAACAAUACCAAGAGGACAGCCUUGAUGGAUAUGAAGGUCCCAAACUGCGACUUGCCCUCAGCAAACUUAAGCAAUUACAACAUCAGCGUGGUGGAAGGAAAGAGCAUCACACUGUACUGUGAUACUACUGGAGGGCCGCCCCCUAAUGUAUCCUGGGUGCUUACUAAUCUUGUUUCAAACCAUGAGAGUGACACAAGUAAGAAUCCUGCCUCGCUAACCAUAAAGAACAUUUCAUCUGUGGACAGCGGACUGUGGAUUUCUUGCAUAGCAGAGAAUAUUGUAGGAGAGGACCAAGCCUCUGCCGAGCUCACAGUAUUCUUUGCACCAAAUAUCACAUUUAUUGAAUCCCCAACCCCGGACCACCACUGGUGUAUUCCAUUCACUGUGAAAGGGAACCCUAAGCCCACAUUGCAGUGGUUCUAUGAAGGGGCUAUAUUGAAUGAGUCUGAAUACAUCUGUACUAAAAUACAUGUUAUCAAUCAAAGUGAAUACCACGGCUGCCUACAGCUGGACAACCCUACCCAUCUGAACAAUGGUGCUUAUACCUUACUAGCAAAGAAUGAGUACGGAGAGGAUGAAAAACUGAUCAAUGCUCACUUCAUGUCAGAGCCUGGAGAUGGUAGUGGCCCAAUUGUGGAUCCAGAUGUUUAUGAGUAUGAAACCACGCCUAAUGAUCUUGGAGACACCAUGAAUAAUAGUAAUCAAAUCAGUUCUGCAGAUGUUUCCAACAAAAAGAAUGAAGAUAGUAUCACUGUGUAUAUUGUGGUGGGAAGUGCAGCACUGGUGUGCAUUGGCUUAGUAAUAAUGCUCAUUAUUCUGAAGUUUGGAAGACACCCUAAGUUUCAGAUGAAAG